AAUACGUCACGGCGCACAGUUUGAAAAAGGGAAGCGGGAUUCCUUUUGUUUACAGGAAGUUUGUACGGGGUCAUCAUUUGCGGUGUGAAGAAGAUGAGGCAGGGAUUGAGCUGGGAACAGCUGCAGACUGCUUUAAGAAUGGACACAGAAGCGAGAAAAGGGCAUUUUCCAUACUUUAUAAAUAAGACCUAUGUUUAUCUGUGGACCUACAGGCAGUUUCAGCGGGUGCAGGUGGAGUGGGACGACGUGAACAAGCUGCUGCAGCGUCAUGGCUUCAAGCCCGUGUUCUUCGCCGACCCCGUGGAGAACAGGAACCUCACAGAUCUAGUCCUGCUGGACAAGACGUCGGCGAGCGAGCUGAGGGCGACUCUGAGGGCGAUGCUGACGGACUCGGAGAGGAGGCAGGCGCUGGUGCAGGAGCUCGUCAGGUCCAACAACCAGCUCAAGGACGAGGUGCAGAAGCACAUGAACCAUGCGGCUCAGCAGUCUCAGAGGGCCACCGAGCUGCAGGAGCUGCUGGACGGGGUGAAGAGCCGGGUCCGGGACCUGGAGGAACGCUGCCUGGGGCAGGCAGCUCGGCAGCACAGUCACACUCAGCGGCUGCAGGAGGAAAACGAAGAAGCUCAGAGGAGAUGUCUGUCGCUGGAGCAGAGGCUGGCCAGACAGGAGGAAGAGGGAGCGGAGCUGCGGAGGAAGCUACAUUUUGCUGUCAAAGAAGAAGAGCAGCGAUCGGCGCGGCGGGACCGAACUUUCCGACGGAUCUGCAUGCAGGUCUGCGAGCAGAGCGACGCGGCGCAGCAGCAGAUCCUGGAUGUGAUUGACUUCUAUGAGAGCAGAACGAGCCGCCUUGGGGAUGAGUCCAGGACCGGAAGAGGAGAAACCGCGGAGCCCGGACAGGCAACAAGGAGAACUUCAAGCGCCGUGUCCCUGGCUUUCCAAACCAUCCUGAAGGCAUACCAGGACCAGCAGAAGGAAAACAGCUCUCGCAUCCAGGAGUUAAAGAAGGAGGUGGCUGUUCUCAGGAGAGGGUUGGACACAAGAUUGCCUGAUGAAGCCAACAGAGGUGGGAGCGUCAGGGAGCAGACCAGAAACUCCAGGCUGUGCGUCCAGUAUCACCAACUGCUGACUGAGAUCAAUGCGCUGGUUACCGACCCCAGCGCCCCGUUGAGGCUGCCCCAGGACAACCGCCGGACCGACGGGUUGGAGCGGGCAGAAUUCCAGGCUCUGCUUCCCACGCUGGACCAGUGGUGCCAGCAGCUCCACAAGCUCAGGGAUCUCCAGCGCAGCUUGAGCAAACUGAGUGCCACUCUGAUGCCACAGCAGCGCUGCGAUGGUGCCGCCGCAGGGGCGGUCCGGGUGGAGGACCUGAUGCUGCUGGUGGAGGAGCUGCUGGAGAACGCCUCUGCUGACGAUAAACAGAGGCUCAGGAGUCCCACUCGCCACACCCUGGCGUCCAUGGUGUCGCAUUUCCAGAAGCUGUUCGACGUUCCCUCCCUCAGCGGAGUUUACCCGCGGAUGAACGAGGUCUACGCCCGCCUGGGGGAAAUGACCAACGCUCUGAGGAACCUCAGAAACGUUCUGGACCUAGACAGCAAAGCUUCUCCUGCGGCGGUUGUGAAGCAGGUCUCCAGGCUGGUCUCCUUGGACCCACGGCUGGGGGGUGCAGACAUUGACAGCAUCAUAAUCAAAGUGAAGCAGCACGACGAGUUUUUCCCGGCCUUCCACAGCCUCGUGACGGAAAUCUUAAACGUUCUCGGUUUGAGUCACCUGGACGACAUCCUCCCGGCUCUGACGUCUCUGAAACAGACAGCUCCGUGACCCCCCCCCACCACCACCACAGCACAGGGGCUGUUUUAGUGUGUCUUGCUUAGCUCUGGGUUUCAAAUGAAUUAAAACUGACUCAAGCUGA